AUGGACUGGUCGGAGGAGGGGAUCAACGAGGAGGAGGAGCCCACGCUGCGCAGGCGGAGGGCGAGGCUGCGUUCUCCUCCACGCGGUCGACCCUUGCCUCUCCCGCUCCCUCCAGGGUCGAGGUCGCUGUCUCCUCGUCGCGGCGGUCUGGCGGCCUUCUCAGGGUCGAGGUCGCCCUCGCCGCGCCGCGUCCCAAUGAUGGCGAUGAGGAUGGGCAGCUCGGUGCGGACGACCCGGAAGUCGACACCGCCAAUAAGGUCCGGCGCCGAUGCUCCCGCGGGCAACGAUGGGGAGGACACCGGCGUCAAGGAGAUGAUCGCCAAGAUGAGGGAGGGGCUUCCCACUUCCGUGCCGUGGGAUGGCACCGACACGAGCGACUCUGGUCGCGGAGGAGGACAAGGAGGUGGGGUGAACGAGGAGGAGGAGGAGGGCUUCGUCGCCUUCUCGUUCCAGGAGGUCGUGGGUCCGCUGGUCGUCGACGGGGAGGAGGUUCUUGACGCCUUCGUCGGAUCCGAUGAGGCGAGGGCGGGCAAGGCUGCUGCCGAGCUUCUGGACGCCACCAUGGGCGCCAACACCGGGCCCAGGACCGAAGCGAUCAAGACUGAGCUCGUCGUCAACCGGCGCCUGCUCGACCUCGCGGGGCUGGAGCGGUGGAUGCGGAGGGCGGAGGCGGUCUCCGAGCUCGAGUGGUUCACGGGCCUGUGCUGCGACGAGAACAACCCGCCACCGCAGAUUGACCUCUUCGAGUGCGCGUUCCGGGCCCUGGACAACGCGUCGGCCGUCGAGCUCCACCGCGGCGCCGACGCCAGGAAGCGCUGGAUCGGCCCGGUAGGCGUGCCGCAGUUCUUCAUCUGCCCCAUCUCCAACAAGGUCAUGGAGAACCCCGUCGUCAUCGCCUCCGGAAAGACAGUUGAUCGUUCAGCUCUGGAGGAAUGGCAGAAGGAGAACCGACGCAUCUGUCCCGUCACCGACGAGGUUCUCGCGUACACCAUGUCCAUCCCCAACGUGCUCAUCAAGCACUGCAUCGAACAUUGGCGUGCAGCAAACAAGAUUGCAGGCAUGAUGGCAGCCACCGAUCCACCUGACAUUUCCCACAAGUUGGAAGUCCUGAUCGGGCAAGCCACUCUAAUGCCUCACUCCCCAAGGAGCUCCAAAGAAGUCCGGAACUCGCUUUUUCUACUCCACGAGAUCCUCGUCGCCAACGAGCGCGCAGUGGUACACCUGAUCGGCUGUCGCCCCGGGACGAUCGCGAAGCUCGUAAGCGUCCUCCCGGAGACCUGCCUGGACCCUGAUGACCCUGAACUGGACGACAUCAUUAUCAAAAUCUUGGAGAAGGCGGCUUCAUACGGGCCCAACAAGGCGGUGUUCGGAGACGACCAGUACGCCAUGCCUGUGCUGAUCGCAAGGACAUUGCUGGGGCCAGUGCCGAUGCGAGCGAGGUGUGCUCACAUCCUCGGGCUGCUGGCCGACAACCACUACAACAAGAUCAAGAUCGGCGAGCUUGGAGGCUUUGCCCCACUGGCCGAGUUGCUCUACGUCGGAGACAGAGGCGCCAAGAAGACGGCGGCGAGGGUGAUUGCCAGACUCUGCGAGGCCCAGGAGAACCAGAGCAAGUUCCAGAAGGAGGGAGUAGUGGACGCCACCAUAUCCGCGCUGCGGAGCGACGGGCUAGCAGAGGAGGCCCAGGACAUCCUACUGCGGAUUGCAGACUCUUCUGACACCUUGACGGAGGCCUUCUUGAAGCUCGUAUCGAUCAAGGACGACGAGAUGUGCCAGAAGAUGAGUGAGUUCCUUUGGAGAACCUUCGUUUUAAUGAAACGAGAAGACAAGCACGACGUCGGUUCUUCCAUGACGGCCUCGAAGAAGAGUUGGGGUGAGAGGUCUUCUACAUCGUCAGACGCUGAGAAGUCUUCUACGUCCUCUGCAGAUCAGCGUGCAUUGAGAAAGCAGAACAAGGAAGAUGUCAAGACCAUCGUCUCAUGGCUGCACAAGAGGUGCUCCUUCCCCAGGACAUACAAAUACAGGGAGGAUUGACCAUUAUUGCCUCAAUGGUGUAGUAACUCUAGAAUGAAGAGGAGAACCAAUAGGAUUGUGAGUGACCGGAGGUAGCUGUUUCUCUACUCUGAAAGAAUACGUUUCCUUUCCUGUGUAAGUGACUGUAGCUCAGCUGAAGGUGAAUAGUGAUCCUGCACUUAUUCUGAAUGUCAAACUAAUGAAUGUUCUGGAUUCGAAUGCGGUCACCGCUGUUAUUCAGUUUUGUUGGACGGAAAUUAUUUGGCCAAA